AUGAGGGCGCUCAAGGGCAAUUCCGGAAUGUUCUUGCAGGAAGAACCUGCAUUAGCAAACCGAGUAGGGAAGAGUUGUCAAAGUGGAAAACGCAGCACAGACCUUCUUUUCCUACACUUCUCAUUAAAUGCAGGACACAGCUCAGGUCUGGGCUGCAUCUUCUACUUAGACAUCUCUUCCGGAAAGGAGAGGCGCUAUAUUUCGGUCCCUCUCUCCUCUUCUCUUUUGCUCUGCUCAUUCGCUCUGGUCUCCAUCGCAAUUGCCCCCUUCUUCGCUGUCCUUGGAGACGUCGGAGGUGUGAUUUGCAGGUCGUGCAAUCUCUCCAUCCCGUUCCAUGGAUGUCUGUUAGACCUUGGAACCUGCAGAACAAAGCCCGGUCAGUUUUGUAUAAAAGAGAGCCUUGCUAAAGGUGGGGUCCAGUGGUAUUCAGUGAAAGGCUGCACGGAGGACAAAUCGGAGUGCUUCAAGAGAACGGUGAAGAAUUACGAAAUCCGCGCUACUCACUGCUGCCACCGUCCCAUGUGCAACUUCUGA